AUGCAGCGAACUGGAGGAAGAUCUGAAGAUCACUCUGAGCGUCUCAGACACAACCCGCAGACAUUAAUGACGCUCAGUGCACCUAUCCUAAAUGGAGUGACUCGCCAUGAGAGAGUCACUCCAUUCAAAGAUGAGUCUACCAUCAGUCAGCCUGAGCAGCGGGUGACCAAGCUCAAAGCUCAGCAGCUGCAGAACCAGACCAAACAGACACGACUGGAAGAAGCAUUCAGAGAGCAAAAGAUCCACAACGCUGAGCUCUAA